GUGUCAUCACUUUCGUUUCGUCACACUUACAGUAAUGAUACUGCAAAUGAAACAAAAACAACAGCAAACAAUCACAUGGACAAAGAUUAACAUGCUGAUGUUAUUAUCAUAUCAGCAUGAGAAGAGGCUCAUCGCUUAAGAAAUUAAAAAGUACAUAUGAUUCAAUUUGUGCUAGGAUAAAAGUUUACAAUAAGUAAAAGAUAAAUUAUACAAUAACUACAAAGUAGCUCAAAAUCAAUCUUAUAGAAACAGAUGAGAAAACACAUGUGGUUUAACUUAUAACAGAGAUGAAGGGUUUUCAUAUACAAUUCAUACAUGAUGCAAUACAUGUUUCUCCCAUUCAUUAAUUAUUAACAUACAAAGUAAGUAAUUAUAUAUGGUCAGUAUAAUAACAGGAAAUUCCCUUACACGUGUAGCAUUUUAUUUUGGCUUGUCAUAAUCUUGCUUGUUUUUUCAUCAGACCUUGGACAAGAAGGAAAACGAAACUAUGAUGUUAAGUUUCGUUUCCCAGUGUAAGCUGAUGGGAGGGUAUAAAUACAGAGACUGUGUGCAGAGCAACAUCUUCAAGAGCAACAUCUUCAAGCUGAACGUCGUUUCAUCUCCAUCUACCAGAAGUGAAUCAAAUACCUGAGCAAAAUGAAGGGAUCUGCAGACUGGCUUCCUUCCUUGUGGAAAGAGACCUUUGAGGAGCUGCUGGACGACGACAAUGAGCUGGACCAUGGAGACCAGUGGACUCUGAACUUCAGCUACACCCAGGGAGACACACUCACCACAGAGGAGAGGAAGAGGGGCUGGAAGACUUUCUGCCACUGUGCCUUUGGAAAUUUGAAGUGUCCAUCAUGCAAUAAAGUUUGGAGUUCAGCAAAGGUCACAGUGUUGUUCCGUUACCGGCUGCGCGGUGAACGGGGGGUAGUGAUCAUGAGGCCCUUUGGACAGGCCUGUCGCAGUUGCCAUGAUGAUACUUAUGCCCGUCCUGGUUUUUCCGAGGAGGAGGUGGAAAGAGCGUUGCUCAGGCUGUGUGCCAAAAUCCGGAAGAAUUGCUACGGAGAAAUGGAUGACAACGAUGUCGGAGGGGAGGCACCACACUCUAAAAAUAAUUCCAAACCACAUGAGUCGGACCUGUGUGAGGCCUGCAGUCAGGGCAUAUGCCGUGUAAAAGAAGAAUAGAAGUGUGUGUGUGUGUGUGUGUGUGUGUGUGUGUGUGUGUGUGUGUGUGUGUGUGUGCGUGUGUGGUGUGUGUGUGUGUGUGUGUGUGUGUGUGUGUGUGUGUGUCUGUGAGAAUGAAAGUGAUUCAGGAAGAAACUGAUUCGUUAUACCAUUGUAACCAUUGUUCAAGUAAAUACAUAAAGUUGAAUUUUUUCUACUGAUAAA